AUGAAAAGCGUAGUCAAAGUUGUGUUCUUCGGUGCAUUUUUAACAUAUAUUUCAGCCAAGCAAAUUCAAUUUUUCCGAAAAGAUUACACUUAUAAUGAAACAUUCGAUGCCUUCUAUAAACUGCAUUGGAAUUACAAAGUGUUUACAUGGGACGACGCCUUCCUCGCAUGCGAUGACGAAGGAGCUUCGCUUUUCUACCCUAAAAAUACAGAAGAGUUGCAUUUAAUUAGAAAAUUAGCUAUGGAAGUGGCAAGAAGCCAUAAUGACAGUGUAACAGAUAUUUUCCUCGGUCUACACGACAAAUACGGUUUGGGAGAAUUUGUCACUGUUGAUGGACUGCCAACUGAGUCUUCCUUGUCUGUGAGCGAACCAACGGGUAACAUCAGAUUUAUUUCAGGCUAUUGUGUACUCAUGAACAUCCUCAAAGGAUCUUAUCGAGUAGGACCUUGUGCAAGGAAAGAUCUACAGGAUGGUUUGAAUUUCGUUUGUAAAAAGACUAACAGCGUAAUGUGUCCGACUGUUGAUCUAGAAUAUAAGCACGCAAAAUCUUUAAGAAAAUGUUAUAAAAUCAAUCGAAGACAAAAAACGUGGGAUGAAGCGUACCGAACAUGUUAUAUGGAAGGAGGUAUACUAACAAUCAUGCAAAACGAAAAUGAAGCACGCUGGUUACAGGAUUUCCUACAACGCAACGCGCAUAACGAGGAUAGGUUUCAUGUUGGUACUCACAGCGUUACGCCAGGAGGCGAAAUUUACACCAUUAAAGGUCAAAAAUUGGAUACUGUAUAUCAAUACCCGUACGGCGAUAACGACCGCGAGUUUGACUGCGGAGCUAUUAUUAAAUCUUCUGGUUCGCAGAUUUAUACCACCACUACUGAUUGUAAUAAAUUCUUACCCUUCAUUUGUGAAAUUGAAAUAACCAAUAUAUAA